GUCUUCUCGCAGUUGAGUCCCUCUACUCACACAGCUUCCACGUUCACGAGUCUGUGACCGAACGGGUGUCCGGUGUUGUGGGGUCCCUACUGCCUUCAUCGAUCGACACAGGCGGUGCAGUCGUCAGGGUUUCAUUCUGCAUUUGACUGCUGCCGACCAGUUUGACUUUGCAUCCCUGACCAUCACUGUCAGGCAGUUUCAGAGCUGACGGUGGCUUCAGUGGAAGGAAGGUGGCGCUUUGCAGAGUUGCGUGCUCGCUUCCCGCUAUUAAUUAGGCGAGAAAUCAGUCGACGCUGUCAAAUAUGGCGGAGCCCAAGCCCUGGGUUGACGUGCCAGGCCUCCGCCGGAUGAGCUGGAGGAAGAUGAGCGCCAUUGGAGGGGCUUUGGCCGUAGCGGGGGCUGUGCUUGGGGGCCUGCUUCUUCUCGGCCUGCCAGUGGUCCUCAUUGGCGGCUUGUUGCUUCUCCUUACGUCUCCUUGCACAUGCGCCGUAGGCUUCUGCACGGCCCCGCUCUGGAUCCCUCUGCUUCUUUUCGUCGGUAUCCCGGCGCUCAUCUUCUUCGUCACYACGGGCGGCAUCAUGCUGCUCUUCACAGUGUUGGCAGGCUUGACGGGUGCGGCUGGGUGGUGGAUCUACCGUUACAACCGGGGUCCGAUGCCCCCGGGCGGCGAUGCGAUGCAGAGAGUUCUCGAUCGUUUGAGAGGACGAUCCAGGGAAGUGACGGAGAGGAUCUCUAAGGUUGGGCAGCAAGCAGCAUCGGCCGCAGCGUGAAGCCGUCGUCUUUUAAUCGGGCAGAUUAAUAAGCGAUCGAAGAAGAAACAAGUACCAAUGUCCGUGGCCGCGUCGUGAAUCGCUAAGUGGAAUCCGGUCGUCUCACCGGGCAGAACGUCAGAAUUUGUUGAUAUCGAUUUGUCGAGUGAAGAAGAGCAGAUGCGCGAUGGUGAACCCCGCUGAGCCUCGCAGGUUGGUCGACUGAAGGUCUUUUGUUUGCUUUGACUCAGAUCGUUGUCGGUCAGGUGGCGAUGGGUGUACGGAAAAAAACAAUUCUUUUUUGAAAGGUUGUACGACACACGUGGCUGUGGGGAGAAGACGACGUGAUCUGGAGGUGGGUUAUUGAAGAACUGUCUGACAUCCACUCGGAUCGUUGUUGGCCGUGCAUGGAUGGAUGGGUUUACGAUCGGUGAAACCGAGGGUUUCCUGAUGACGUGUGAUAUGGCUGAGGGGACAACACGAUGGGAUCUGCAAAUGGGUCUUCUACUGCACUAGCGAGGCCGCCUCUCGGUGAAUGACGGAAGAUCAUGGAGAUAAUGAUGGGAAGUAGGGCGAGUACGUUGGAGGGGAGUAGGGAAGGAGGAGAAAGCGAUGGUGAUGACGAUAAGAAGGGUUGUUUUAUGAAGAUGGUCAAAUAUACAUUUGUAUGAGUACUUGGUCGUAUUUUGUAAUAAUCACACUAGGAUUUUAAAAGUUGAAAGACUCCCAGGCAGCUGUGGAACUGGGACCUUGGGACCUAAGGCUUAAGGUCCCAAGGGCGGUUGGCAAGUACCCCAGGGGGUGUGGGAUCUGAAGAGCGUUGUGUUUUGGGGAAGGGGGGAACCCGUGCAGGCGUCCCCAUUCAGGAGGCAAGACCUCGCUCGUGCGCACUGCGGAGAGAGGUAGUCAAUUGGGGUUGGGAUAGGGGGGUCUGACUUGAAGGGGGGAUGUCAGAGAGCCUCGAUGACCGAUAGAGAGCCUCGAUGACCGACCUAGAGAGCCUCGAUGACCGACCUCCUUUGUUGGAGAGCCUCGAUGACCGACCUCCCUUUUCCUGGCCGUCCCAUGGAGCCCGAGCCCGGGGCCAUGCCCCACUUGACGAGGUGUUAGUUCUGGUUUCAAGUAUGCAGGGCUCCCUGCCAUCCGAUCUGAUAAUUCCACGGCGACGAUGUGACGACGUUGAAAAAUACACGAAAACUAAACCCCCACUAGUGGGACAUGGCCCCCGGUAUCUCAAUGGGAAGGUUGUUGUUGUAAAAAAAAAGACAGAAGAACGAAGGUAUGAAUGUCAUUAAAAAUAAUAGUAAAGAAAAAAGAGAGGGUUGACAUUGCAAUAGCGAGUGGAGACAUGGUAGCCAGUGGCACUGUGGCAGUGGUGGGUAACCUCUUGGCAUCGACCCCUGCGGGUCGGAGUUUCGAAGACGCCGUCAUCUACAGGUGUUUUUCUGUUUGUGCGCUGCCGAGAUUACCCAUGGGGCGAAUCUUUUUUUAUCAGGCGACCCCUCUCUGGAUUGAAGGGGGUUUUAUAUAGAGUUGGGGAGGAAUUCACCUUGUUCGGGGAUUCAAUAUACCCCUUCAGCGGCAGAGGACGAGUUUAAAACCAGAAGUUGGGUAAUCAAUACUAUCUGGCGUGAGAGAGGAAAAUGGGUGAAAAUUGUAUUGUGUGCUACCUCAUGAUGAGGAGGAUGGAGAAGGAAAUUUGUUCUUUUCUGAGAAAAAAAAUAAAAAUAAAAGUCUUCGAGUGUU